AUGAUGCACCCGGCAAACGCGCGCGAGCGGGACCGCACCAAUAGCGUGAACACGGCCUUCACGGCGCUACGCACCCAUCCCACGGAGCCGGCCGACCGCAAGCUCUCCAAGAUCGAGACGCUGCGCCUGGCCUCCAGCUACAUCUCGCACCUGGACAACGUGCUGCUGGUGGGCGAGGCCUGCGGCGACGGGCAACCCUGCCACUCGGGGCCCGCCUUCUUCCACGCCGCGCGGGCUGGCAGCCCCCCACCGCCCCUGCCGCCCCCGGCCCGCGACGCGGAGAAUGCCCAGCCCAAGCAGAUCUGCACCUUCUGCCUCAGCAACCAGAGGAAGCUGAGCAAGGACCGUGACAGAAAGACGGCGAUUCGGAGCUAGAGGCUGAUGCCACUGGGCGACCCCCGGAGAGCCCCAUGGACCUGACUCGGGCACAGGCCUCCCGUGCGGGCACCCACAGGCCUGCUCUGCCUCCGGCUGCGAGUGGGGCUGAUGGACAGGCAGGUGGCGACGGGACUCUGAACUGGCCACAGCACUGCCCAGGCCACUGGAACUGUCCACGCUGGCUUCCUACCUGGGUUUUCUUUUGGUCACUACAUGUUGGCAUCUUGUGUCUUUGAUAUGAUAAUAUAAAGUCUGGAAAUUUUGUAUAAUUAAAAACAAAACAGUAUCUUCCAAAA